AUUGUCUAAAUUUCAAUUUUCUAUAUUACUUGGAAUAUAAAAAUGUCACUCAUAGUAACCAGAGCUUCCUUGGCACUGAAAAAUGCAGAACAAAACUUUCAGGCUGUGAAAUUUGAAGCACAUAAACCUAAGAAAAAAACAACUGAAACUGCAAGUGAAGAUAAUACCAGGCCACAAGUAACUCCUUAUAACAAAAAGGAUUUAGAACUUAAGAAAGUUCGGCAUGAGAUUGUGAAGUUUGGAAUGUCUGGAUUUGAUACUACAAAGAAAGAAGAAGCAAGAAUAGCUCUAGCAGUUAGUUUAGGCGCCAAACCUCCAAAACGCGAGUAUUUGAACUACAAAGAACUUAUGCAGAAGAGGAAGCAAGAAAGACAGAAACAGAAGGAUGAUAAGCAGGCAAUGAUAUCCAAGAGUAUCCUGCAGACUGGUGGUAAAAAGAAGAAGAAGGCUAACAAUGAUGUUGGACAUUUCUUGAGCGGAUAUGGAAAGGUACAGAAAAAAGAUCUAAAGAAAAAAGAUGCUGCUCCUAAGAAGGAUAAGAAUAAGAAAAGGAUAAAGUUAUGAUAAUUUUAAUGAUUAUUAUUAUUGUUUGUAAAUAAAA